GAGGCGGUCACGUGAUUCCCGAGGAAUGCCAACAAUGUAGCGAAUGUCCCACUUGGGUCUGAGCGCCCGAGCCGGCGUGAGCCCUGGACAUGGGGCCGCCCGCGCCGCCCCGGCCCCCUUGGCCUCCGCGCUCCCCGCCGCCCGCCCCCUCGGCGGCCCGGACGCCGCGGCGGGUGUAGAUCGCGCCCGAGGAGUGAUGAUCUUCAAGAUGAAGACUGCAAAAUGUUCAGCUCUCUGUAGGUGCCCCCCAAAGUGAAGAAAAUAAAUUACUCGAGAGGAAAGCACUUUGGUAGUGUGUUUCCAGGGAACUUGUGACUAUUGGCAGUUUUUUUUUCACUAAUUAUAAUAAUAAUAAGACACUCAGAGGGUUGUAUUGAUGGUGGGAGGAGACUGACCAUGAGGCCCAAGACCUUCCCCACCACCAGCUACUCGGGAAACAGCCGGCAGCGUCUGCAGGAGAUCCGAGAAGGCCUCAAGCAGCCCUCUACCAAGGCCCCAACCCAGACACCUCCCAGCGGGCCUGGCAGUGACCCUGCCCUGGGGAGCAAGGACGGGGCCAGGCAUCAGCAGCAACAGCAGCAGCAACAGAUUCGAAGUGCCCCCAAGUUUGGGCCUUACCAGAAAGCCCUUCGAGAGAUCCGCUACUCCCUACUGCCCUUUGCCAAUGAGGCAGGGCCACCCGCAGCCGCAGAGGUCAACCGGCAGAUGCUGCAGGAGCUGGUGAAUGCAGGCUGCGACCAGGAGAUGGCGGGCAGGGCGCUGAAGCAGACUGGCAGCAGAAGCAUCGAGGCUGCCCUGGAGUACAUCAGCAAGAUGGGCUACCUGGACCCCCACAAUGAGCAGAUCGUGCGUGUCAUCAAGCAGACGUCUCCAGGAAAGGGUGCUAUGCCUGCUCCCGAACCUCGAAGGCCUAGCGACCCCUUCCCGCCCUACCGCCAGCUGGCCGGCACAACCUUCGAGGGUGGCCUGGAGGAGGUGCCCCGGCAGUACCUGGACUUGGUCUAUGCUGGUAUGGGACCAGUGCACCAGCCCAAGGGCUAUGCUGCCAGCGUGGAGGCAGCAGCGGGGGGCAGCUUCCCAGGGGGCCAAGCCCUCCCUCUGCAGGGUCCCACCUAUAGACCCCACCUGCUCGGCCCAGGGGAGCUGCGGGGCUACAGCGUCCAACGCAGCCCCUCCUUCCAGAGCCAGACUCAGGAGGCGGGAGGCUACGCCAGCCUGGCCGCCAAGGGGCCGGCUGGGUUGGGCCCCGGACACCCCUUUCCACCCCCGGGAGCCCCAGCCGGCCUUUAUGUGCCACACCUGCACCACAAAGGGGCACGCACUGGGGCGCCCCGAGGCCAGGGCUUUGUGGGUGACAGCCCCCCACAAGGACUGCUGACUCCCUCCCGCAACAGCCUCAACAUGGACCUUAGCACGACGCCCCCCUGGCCGGCAGCCACGCCGCCCCGUCGGGACUCCCUGCAGCAGGCAGGCCAGCUUGCAGGCUUCCUGCCCGAGGACCCCACGCCCAGCCGGACCAAUUCCUUCAGCAGCCAUCCACCUCCCGCUGUGGCCUCUCCCAACAGCAUUACCACAGUCACCGCUGCCCACAUCCUGCACCCAGUCAAGAGCGUGCGGGUGCUGCGGCCAGAGCCUCAGACAGCUGUAGGGCCCUCCCACCCGGCUUGGGUGGCUGCACCAACCCCAGCAGCAGGGGACAGCCUGGAUGCCCGGGAAGAGCCGCCUGCCACAGCACUGGGGGGGGCCGGACAGCACCCAAGGGACACAGACUUCCCCAGCCCGGAGUCCCGCUGCCCGCCACCUCCCUACCCCAAGCACCUGCUGCUGCAGGGCCCAGCAGACGUGGACAGCCUGUGCGCGGGCCUGGAGCAGAGCCUGCCCGCGGGCCCCUCCCCACGCAGCGGCAAUAGGGGCCCCAAGGUUGCUAAGGGGGACAAGGGUGCCAAGGACAAGAAGCAAAUCCAGACCUCUCCUGUGCCUGUGCGCAAGAGCAGCGGGGACGAGGAGAAGCGGGAGUCUCGCAUCAAGAGCUACUCACCCUACGCCUUCAAGUUCUUCAUGGAGCAGCACGUGGAGAACGUCAUCAAGACCUACCAGCAGAAGGUCACCCGCCGGCUGCAGCUGGAGCAGGAGAUGGCCAAAGCCGGCCUGUGUGCUGCUGAGCAGGAACAGAUGCGGAAGAUCCUAUACCAGAAGGAAUCCAACUAUAACCGGCUAAAGCGUGCCAAGCUGGACAAGUCCAUGUUUGUGAAACUCAAGACUCUGGGCGUGGGCGCCUUCGGGGAAGUGUGCUUGGCCUGCAAGGUGGACACACGCGGCCUGUACGCCAUGAAGACGCUGCGCAAGAAGGACGUGCUCAGCCGCAACCAGGUGGCCCACGUCAAGGCGGAGCGUGACAUCCUGGCCGAGGCUGACAACGAGUGGGUGGUGAAGCUCUACUACUCCUUCCAAGACAAGGACAGCCUCUACUUCGUCAUGGACUACAUCCCCGGGGGCGACAUGAUGAGCCUGCUCAUCCGCCUUGAGGUCUUCCCUGAGCCGCUGGCUCGCUUCUACCUGGCCGAGCUGACCCUGGCCAUUGAGAGUGUGCACCGCAUGGGCUUCAUCCACCGCGACAUCAAGCCGGACAACAUUCUCAUCGACCUGGACGGACACAUUAAACUCACGGACUUUGGCCUCUGCACUGGUUUCCGCUGGACACACAACUCCAAGUACUACCAGAAAGGAAGCCACGUGAGGCAGGACAGCAUGGAGCCGGGCGACCUGUGGGAUGACACUGCCAACUGUCGCUGCGGGGACCGGCUGAAGACUCUGGAGCAGCGGGCACGUAGGCAGCACCAGAGAUGCCUGGCACACUCCCUGGUGGGAACCCCUAAUUACAUCGCACCUGAGGUGCUGCUCCGCAAAGGGUACACGCAGCUCUGUGACUGGUGGAGCGUUGGGGUGAUUCUCUUCGAAAUGCUGGUAGGGCAGCCGCCCUUUCUGGCCCCGACCCCCACGGAAACGCAACUAAAGGUGAUCAACUGGGAGAGCACGCUGCAUAUCCCCACGCAGGUGAAACUGAGCGCUGAGGCCCGCGACCUCAUCACCAGGCUGUGCUGCGGGGCAGAGCAGCGGCUGGGCCGCGGCGGGGCCGACGACCUCAAGGCCCAUCCCUUCUUCAGUGCCAUUGACUUCUCCAGUGACAUCCGAAGGCAGCCGGCCCCCUUCGUGCCCAAGAUCAGCCACCCCAUGGACACCUCCAACUUUGACCCGGUGGAGGACGAGGCCCCCUGGGCUGAUGGGAGCGCCGAUAGCGCCAAGGCCUGGGACAGCCUGGCUUCCCCGCACAGCCGGCACCCCGAACACGCCUUUUACGAGUUCACCUUCCGCAGGUUCUUUGAUGACAAUGGCUACCCCUUCCGCUGUCCCAAGCCCUCUGGAGAGGACACCUCGCCAGGGGACAGCCCUGACCUGGGGGUCCAGGAUGCAGGGGACCAAGUGGAAGGUUGCCAGCCAGUGUAUGUAUAGGGGAGGUUCCCAUUACCCCUCAAAUUGUUGGCCCCCACAGCAAGAACUAGUCCACUAAUGGCUUGACUUGGUAUCUGGAUACCCCCCCAAAAAACAAACACCAAGCAGAAAAGUUUUUUCUAGAAGGACUCCGUUUCAGCAGGCCUUCAUUUCUAGCUGCUGGGUGAUGGGGGGUGAGAGAGCCAGCCUAACUUCUGAAUCAGCCUUCAAGGACGUCUGACCACAUCCCAGCAGAGAUUUUAUAUAUAUACAAAUUCAGGACUUUUUUUUUUUUUUUUAGAAAGAGCACUUAUUUUUGUCAGUAGCCAUUUCUUUUGUACUAUACCAGAGGGAUGCUUAACUUGGAGAAACUGUGCUGCUGUUCUUUUUGUUAUCUGAAUUUGUUUUUUCCCCCAGAGCACUUAUCCACCUUUGUAUUUUUGGUGGGGAGGGGGUCAGGAAAAGGAAAACAAAUAUGGAAGAACAUAUGAGAAGAAAUCUGUGCAAUAAUGUAAAGCAAAACAAAACACAAACACAGCGAGAACCAGCAAGCACUCUUCUGAUGUGACUGACCCCAUGUUCUUUCCACGAUGGCUUCUUACUCCAGCCUCGCCCCCCCCCCCCAUUUCAAAGUCCCGCUAGAAUGUUUGAAAGCUGCUUCUGCCAUUCUGCUGGCUGCAAGGGUGCGUGUGGGUAAGGGGAUGUGUGAUCAGGGUGAUUCUGCAGUGGAGAGAGUUCAGCCUGCUUGAGCAGGUUUUUCUAUAACAUGACCUUUUCUUGCCAUUCACAGCGGGUUCUGUGAAGACACACACACACAUGCCUGUGUGUGUGUGUGGUGUGUGCAUGCAUCUCUGUGUGUGUGUGUUACUAAGUCUCUUUAGAUGAGACCUUUCUGGAUGGUGAGCUCGGUAUGUGCCUUGUGGGUGACUGCUUUGCUGCACCUCCAUGUCCCCUGGGUAUGGUUGCGGUCUUGGGGAUGGGGUGUGUGUGUGUGUGUGUGUGUGUGUGUGUGUAUGUGGGGGAGGGGGUGUCUUAGAUGUUUGUCCUAGACAAGAUUUGUCUCCAUCAAAAGGGAUUCGCUGAGCUAUGCCAAAAAAAAAAAAGACUUUCAGUCCCUGCAAGGCUGUGCACAUUUCAUAAGUUGGUCUUCUCUGGGGCUCUGCGUGGGAUCAAAGGCUGCUACCCCUCAUGGGGGCACCCACAUGCAAGUCACCCAAAAGUUCCAUCAAGUCUUUGCUAUGUUUUGAAAUAGCAACCUUGACUUGGCCUUGAAGACCCACGUCUCUUCCUUUGUACAAGCGCAAGUAUUAUCCCCCCCAAAAGUGACAUUGGAAUAAAAGAUCGUCAAGCCAGAUGUCUUUUCUUAAGAGGCUCGAUGUUCUUCAUGAAAACAUACCACACAUACACACACUAGCAGAUGAGUAGGAUUCCCAUUUCCAGGGACUUUGUAAUUGAGUUUAAGAAGUUGGAGUCUCUUUUUGCCUUUUUUCUUUUGGGAAAACAGUCACAACAACAGCAAAAACAAUGUAUUCUGCUUUUCCAUUUUGCCACUUGUUUUCCCCCUGAAGUUCUCUGUGUAGUAUGUCCAUAAUCGAGUCUGUCUAUCCAGGCACCAACUCUCAGAAGUUCAUUGAUGCCUAACUUUACCAGAAAGAAAGAAAAAAAAAAAAAAGAUCCCUGUGUACUGGUUUACAUUGGUGUGAAUGGCAAACCUGCUGUGCCCGGUUGGCUCCGUGAGCGACAGUAUUCCUUUCUAGCCUCCUUCUAAAAACGCCUUUUACUGCAGUGCUGCCGCCCUGCCAUGUGGCCGCUUCGUUCUCAGGAACUCCGUUGGCCUAAUUAUUUAUUGAUGUAUCAUUGCCUUUGAAAGCUUUGACUGGCACAAUUUAUUAUUAAAACUUGGAACCAAG